CCCCCGUUUCGGCAGAACAGUUUUCCCGUUCGAGAAACGUAAAUUUUCUUUCUUGCUUUCCUUUGAAUUUUCCCUCACUUUCUCGAGAAAAAACAAGAAGAAGGAGAAGAAGAUGUCGGGCCGCGGUAAGGGAGGCAAGGGGCUGGGCAAGGGCGGGGCGAAGCGCCAUCGCAAGGUCCUCCGCGACAACAUCCAGGGCAUCACCAAGCCGGCCAUCCGCCGUCUCGCCCGCCGUGGCGGCGUGAAGCGUAUCAGCGGCCUGAUCUACGAGGAGACCCGCGGCGUCCUCAAGAUCUUCCUCGAGAACGUCAUCCGCGACGCCGUCACCUACACCGAGCACGCCCGCCGCAAGACCGUCACCGCCAUGGACGUCGUCUACGCCCUCAAGAGGCAGGGCAGGACCCUGUACGGCUUCGGCGGCUAGGGUUCCGGUUCCGGUUCCGAUUCCGCAGCUAGGGUUUCGCUAGGCGAGCGUGUUGGGAUUUCUUGGGGCUGUAUAUGGAAGCGUAGGGUUUUCUUGCCUUGUUGUCUUUAGGUGGUUUUUAGCUUGUUGGGUCCGUCAUUGUGAAGCGAGAUUGGGCGAGUCAAGUAGAUUUGAUGCUCCUCCUCGUCUAGAUUGUGUUUUUCUUUCGAUUUUCAGUGGAAUUAAUGAAAUUAGUUUCCCAA